AUGUUCGAGGACAUUAUUAAAAGCGGUGACGAAGGUCUCUAUUCACAGCAACUCCGCAACAACGCCUUCCAGGGCAAGGUAACCACGCUCGAUCUCUGGACUGUCCACUAUGGCUCGGCUAGCAUUUCUCAUGACGCCGAUACCCCAUUGACCAGCGCCAUCACUUCGUCUCUGAAGAUCACUGACCCUCCCGGAUCUGGUGGCUUCACUGGCGUCGCGAACCCUGGGUACCGCGGUAUCAUCGUCGACGGCAGCUACUACAACAGCACUUUCUGGCUCCGUGGCGAGUUCCAGGGCGAUGUCAAGAUCCGACUCCUAGGUAAUGAGACUGACGUCGAAUACGGCUGGGCCAUCGUCCCUGUGGACUCCAAGGCCGAUUCCUGGACCCGGUACGAGGCUGGUUUCUGGACCACAGCCGCACCCGAGGGGGAUAACGUUUGGGUUUUCGAAAUCUUAGCCGAGACUCUGACCAGCGGAUCCAUCAACCUCGGUUACCCAACUUUGUUCCCUCCCACGUUCAAGGGAAGACAGAAUGGCUUGACUGUGGAUCUGUCAGAAGCUCUUGUCGAUCUCAGCCCCCAGUUCCUGCGGUUCCCAGGUGGAAACAAUUUAGAGGGAGCCGGCCCGGAAGACCGGUGGAAGUGGAACGAGACACUCGGUGCUCUGGAAUCCCGGCCAGGUCGUUGGGGUACUUGGGGAUAUGUCAACACUGACAGUCUUGGUAUCAUGGAGUACUUCCACUGGUGCGAAGACAUGUCUAUGGAGCCUAUCUUGGAUGUUUGGCCUGGUCUUGGACUUGCAGGUCUCCCGCCAUUGGUGGGAGCAGACCUUCAACCAUAUGUUGAGGACGCGAUUCGCGAGAUAGAAUUCGUCAUCGGCGACAUCAACACUUCUGGAGGCGCGCUCCGCGCUUCUCUUGGGCAUCCGGAGCCUUACCAACUGAAAUUCGUCGAGAUUGGAAACGAAGACAACCUCGCUGGUGGCUGCGAGUCUUACAAGCAACGAUUCGGCGCAUGGCUCGACUUCCAUGACUACAACGUCCCGGAGAACUACAUCAAUACAUUCGACUUUUACGACGACUGGGACCGCGCUCAUCCCGUUUUCAUCGGCGAGUACGCCAGGUGGGGCGUCAAGUGGUCUGAUAUGAGAGGUGCUUGUUCUGAGGCGGUCUACAUGAUGGGAUGGGAGCGCAACGCGGACGUGAUCAAGUUGGCUGCCUAUGCGCCCACGCUGCAGAACUACGAUCCCGUCAACGGCCAAUGGACCCCCAACCUCAUUCCAUUCACCAACAAGCCUGAUGGCAUCGUCUACACGCCAUCGUACCAUGUUAAGAAGAUGUUCGCCACUAAUCAUGACGAAGUUGUUGUCCCUGUCAAAGCUGACGUGGAGGUCAACCCAGUUUGGUGGGCUGCGGGCAAGAAGGCAGAUGGACAAGUCAUUGUGAAACUUGCCAACUACGCUUCCAAUUCGACUGAGAUUCGCAUCCAGGUCCCUGGUAAGGCGGGCUUGGAGGCUUCUUUCACUUCCAUCACUGCCGGCCCAAACGACGCCAACUCCGUCGAAAACCCUGAUGUCAUUGCUCCACCCGCUGUACUCAAUAUCUCUGGAGAUGACGAAGAAGUUUUCACUGUUGAACUGGGUCAGUUUGGCGUUGGAGUUCUGGUGGUAUAG